AUGACUACAAACGGUCACAAUUCAAAGAGGUUUUUCAUCUCACUCCUCUUAAUCGAGAUCUUUCUGUUGGUUGGAUCAUUACAGACAGAAACACCUUGUAAAAUAUCUUUGUUUUUAGGUUCUUCCUGGAUACAGGUUUAUCUGCUCCCGGCUGAAGUUUUGAAGACAGAUCUUGUUAAACUUAUUGGAAAACUUUUCUAG